AUGUCGACUGGGCAUUAUUCUAAUAAUGAUAACGAUAGCGAUAUACCACAGUUAUCUGCUGAAGCAAUGAAUGCACUAGCAGAUUUUUAUGCUGAAAGGAAUGCUGCUGAUAAAGUUUCUAUUGAAGAAGAUUGGCAGCUGAGUCAGUUUUGGUAUUCAGAAGACACUGCUUUGAAACUUGCUGAAGAAUGUGCAAAAAGUAUUAAAAAUUGCGGAAAAAUCGCUUGCAUAUCAUGCCCGACGCUUCUUGAGUAUCUUUUGAAGAAUGAUCGCAUACGAUAUGAACAUGUUGUGGUAACACUUUUUGAAUAUGAUCAGCGAUUUAAGAACAAAUUUUCUAAGGAAUUUGUUCCGUAUGAUUAUCGCAAACCUUUGGCAAUACCCGAAUUAUAUCACAAUGCAUUUGAUUUAAUUGUUAUUGAUCCACCGUUUCUGUCUGAUGAAUGCUUUAUCAAUGUAGCACAAACAGUACGAUUGCUGUCUCGUGAUUCUGCAACAAAAUUAUUAAUUUGUACAGGAUUAAUCAUGGCAGAACUUAUUUUUAGUUCCAAAAAACUGCCAGUAAAUCUUGCAUGUGGUCAUACAAUAUGCUAUAAUUGCCUUAAGGACCUUAAUACAAAUAGCUGUCCUUUGGAUCAGGCAGUAAUUUCCCUUCCUUUCGAAAAAUUACCUCCGAAUCUUGCAUUACUCUCAGUCCUAUCAGAAUUUAUCGAUAAUGACUUUGGAAUUUGUCAAGAACUCUCCAAAGAAUAUCGACAUAUUGAAUCGACUCUCGUCAAAUUAGCUUCCUAUUUGCAUCCUGUUGAAUGCUUAUUUGGAGGAAGUGUUUGGAGUGAUGAAUUAAGUAGACCGAUGCAACGAAAGUUAGUAUCAUUAUUGUGUUAUCAGUUAAUGGAAUAUAAGGGUCUUCAGCGAGCACUAAAAACAGCACGGGCUUUGGCGGAACGUGCUCUUUCAGAAUUGAUCAUUUAUCAUCAAGAUAAUUCUAAUAUAUCAACAGUUCUUUGGUCUGCUAUUCGUUCUAGAGGAUGCCAAUUCCUAGGUCCAGCAAUGCAAGAAGAAGUUCUGAAGCUCAUCCUAUUGAUACUUUCGGAAGGUGCAUUGAUGUCUCGUAAAACAUUGGUGUUGUAUAUUGUGCAAGCAUUACGGGAAGAUUAUCCGCAAGUUUCAAAAACGUGUGUUGGUCAUGUUGUGCAGUUGCUUUAUCGAGCUAGUUGCUUUAAUGUAUUAAAACGCGAAGGUGAAUCAUCACUGAUGCAGUUGAAAACGCAGUUUCGUGAUUAUGAUGCAUUGCGUCGUAAGCAUGACGCCCAAAUCGUACAAAUAGCUUUCGAGCAUGGUUUGCGUAUAUCACCAGAUCAGUGGUCAGCUCUAUUGUAUGGUGAUCAACAUCACAAAUCUCACAUGCAAAGCAUUAUCGACAAACUCCAGUCAACGCAAGGUUUCAAACAACAAAUCAAUGACUUAAAAAUCGCAGUAGAACAAAGUUCUGAUCGAGAAAUGCUUGCUCUAACAUUCGAACAUUUCGAACGUUUUGCUAAUUUUAAUUACUUAAAUGAAUUACUGGAUUUGACAUUGGCAGUAGAUUUGUUCGAUUCUUUGUUAUUUAUAAUAAAAGCAUAUGUAAAAUUCACGCGGGCAAGGAAUUUUUCAAUUUUGGGGGAUUAUGUGUGUCCAACUGAUUUACAAUGUAUGCACACGUCUACUAGAAAUGGAUUUCAUGCUUCCAUACCACAAAUACAAUCUCAUGCUCUACCUGUUGUCCUUGAGCGAAUACCGAUAGGCGUUGUAUCUCUCACAGCAGUUCCACAACUUCAAAUAGCAGAACUCCCAUCACUGACUAAUGCCUCAACAGUUUGCCCGUUAUUGGCUGUUGGAAAUAAUGAUGUUGCUGCGUUAAAGAAAUCAUCCGGUUGGUUCAUGAACUUACACGAGAAAACAUAUGAGUUAUUACAAACUAUUUAUUUUUUUUUAUUUUCUUUCAUGAAUCCAAUUCGAAAUGUCUCACCAUCAACACAAUCCCUUCCAUCGCCACCAGUCUCAUUAGUACCACUGAUGUUACCAGCAGUUAAUUAUACCAUUCCUUCACCGUUAUCACCGGUAGCUGCACUGAUACAAAUUACAGUUUCUGGAUCUGCUGGUCUGCCCGUUGGUGUGACACCAAUUUUUCCAGUACCUUCAUUAUCCUUACAGAUAUCUCCAGCUAGAUUUGGUUAUAUUUCGGAAAGUAAUUAUAUGAGUUACGAAGUUUGCCCGAUGAAGUGUAAAAUACCGAUGGAGCUUUCGGGUUUGUCUCAGAUGCAAAACGAUAUACAUCUGGUGAAAUGUGAUUCUUAUAUUCAAAGUGGUUAUGAGCAAAAAAAUAAUGUAAUGAAGAGACAACAGUUAGUUUUCCGAAGACAGUUGCAAUGUCUGAAGCAUACUGAGAGCACUGCCGAUGAAAGUGCUGAUCAAGACGAUUUGCAAAGUCACGUAUCAUGCACAGUAACGAAAUCAGUUUUAUAUGAAGAUAAAGAAAUUAUGUCAACAAAAUCGCUACAACUUCCUUCUAUUUCCUUGCAGAUUGCUUCCUCAACGGAACAAAGGUUAAACAAUUCGAUGGAAGUAACAUCCAUAUCGACGGCACUGUCAACAAUAUGUCCUGUCCUUUCCCGGAUGAGUAGCACGAUUCCAGCUUCCGUCCAAGCACCAUGUACUAUUGUGCGUAUCAAGAACACCAUGAAACAGCCUUUACGAACAUCAUGUAUUCAGCAGUUGCAGUCGUUGGAAAUUCCAAGCGAUUCAAAAUGUGUCGUCAGCGACGCGAAGGAUAAAAUUGUCAAUGUAGAGGAACGAGUGAAUAUUACACAUAAAAAAGAUGGUAUAGUAUGUUUAAUCGAAGAGCAACAGCUUAAAAAAGAGUUGAAUAUUGCUUGUAGACAAUUUCAGUCCUUGAACAAACAUAUGUAUGCGAGGGAACUGAAGGCAGCUGAUAAGAAAGUUGAUAAUAUCUCUCUUUAA